GACGCCUACCCCCACGCGCCGCUCGGCGGUUGGCGGCGCGCGCGAGGGCGCGGGGUGCGUGCGUGUGCGCGCGUGAGUGUGUGUGUGUGUGUGUGUGUGUGUCUGUGGAGCUCGGGUGCGGAGCGCUAGCCGUCAGUCCCUAGUGUGAGUCCCCCGCCGUUUUCCACACCCUCCCUCAGUUCCCGCGCCUUCCCUACGACCCUCCUGCGCCCCUACGGUCGCAUACGGAGAGCCAGAUAAGCAGGUGUGGGGGGGAGGGGCAGGGUCGCACAAGACAAAAGAGGCGCGGGGAACGGCCCGCCAUGGCCUCCCGGAGCCUGGGGGGCCUGAGCGGGAGCCGCGGCGCAGGUGGUGGCGGCGGCAAGAAGAGCCUGAGCGCCCGCAAUGCUGCGGUAGAGAGGCGGAACCUGAUCACCGUGUGCAGGUUUUCAGUGAAGACCCUGAUUGAUCGGUCCUGCUUUGAGACAAUUGAUGAUUCUUCUCCAGAAUUUAACAAUUUUGCAGCUAUUUUGGAACAGAUUCUAAGUCACCGGCUAAAAGGUCAAGUAACCUGGUUUGGUUAUGAAAGUCCUCGUAGCUUCUGGGACUAUAUCAGAGUGGCUUGCCGGAAAGUUUCACAGAAUUGUAUCUGCAGCAUUGAAAAUAUGGAAAAUGUCAGUUCCUCUAGAGCUAAGGGUAGAGCCUGGAUCAGAGUAGCACUCAUGGAAAAACAUUUAUCUGAAUACAUCUCUACAGCUCUGAGAGACUUCAAAACAACCAGGAGAUUUUAUGAAGAUGGAGCGAUUGUUUUGGGUGAGGAAGCAAAUAUGCUUGCUGGCAUGCUACUUGGGCUCAAUGCUAUUGAUUUCAGCUUCUGCCUAAAAGGAGAGGGAUUGGAUGGCAACUUUCCUGCUGUAAUAGACUAUACACCAUAUUUGAAGUUUACCCAAAGUUCUGAUAGUAUCAGCAGUGAUGAGGAAGAGCUGAGGACGUUGGGGAGCAGUGGUAGUGAAAGCAGCACUCCAGAGAAUGUCGGGCCUCCUUUUAUUAUGGAUGAGAAUAGUUGGUUCAACAAGUGUAAGCGAGUUAAACAAAAGUAUCAACUAACUCUGGAACAGAAGAGUUAUCUUGAAGAACUCUUACGACUUCGAGAGAACCAGCUGUCUGAAUCUGUCUCCCAGAAUAAAACACUACUACAAAGGAUUGAAGAUUCUGAUCUAGCCCAUAAAUUGGAAAAGGAACAAUUAGAAUAUAUAAUUGUGGAGCUUCAAGAUCAGCUGACUGUGCUAAAGAAUAAUGAUUUAAGAUCAAGACAAGAGUUAACUGCCCACCUCACCAACCAGUGGCCUUCCCCAGGAGCUCUGGAUGUCAAAGCUGUUGCCUUGGAUACGUUGCUUUACCGAAAACACAAUAAACAGUGGUAUGAAAAAAGUUAUCAAAGUCUUGACCAGUUAUCAGCUGAAGUUAGCCUUUCUCAGACUUCACUGGAUCCAGGUCAGUCACAAGGAGAUGGAAAACAAGACACAUUAAAUUCAAUCAGUGAAGGUAAAGAAGAUACUCCCUCAUUACUCGGUCUCUGUGGGUCUCUAACAUCAGUGGCAAGUUACAAAUCUUUAACAAGCCUAAAAUCUAAUGACUAUCUUGCAAGUCCUACAACAGAGAUGACAAGUCCAGGCCUAACUCCAUCCUGAACAUUUUUAUGUAAAAGCCAAAAAAUUUUAUGUUGCAAAUGUUCUAUUUAUAUAAGUUUGACUGCUGGGAGAACCUUCGGAGUUUUAUAUUGUUCUGGCACAUGUCUGGAAUUUUAUUGCUUACAUUAGAGAGUUCAGUCCACUCCAAGUAAAAUUUUGAGUGAAAAAAAAAUGAUCCUGCCACUUUUCAUUUUAAAAUUCUAUUUGUCACUGAGGAAGUUUAAAAUGAAUAGGCUUAAAAAAAAAACUUUCAAAGAUCCUCUAAAUCAAUAAUCCAUUGCAAAUUGUACAUAUUUAUUCACCUGAUUUUCAAAUGUUUAAAUAUAUCAUAAUUGCCAGAGACAUAGUUCAAGGUUUAUUCCAGAGACUUAUUUUCUUUCACUCUUUUCUGCAGUGAUUAAAAUUUCUAAAAAUGACUUGCCAAUUUCACUUUUUAUUAAUUUCUUUCUAGGUUCUAAUGUUUAAAAGCCUUGUUUUUAACAUGAGAAUGUCCUGACUGUCCUCAUCUGCAGUUUCACAGUGGCCGAUUCAGUUGUUCUUUAACAAUUAUCAUUUGGUAUCAACAUCUCCCUUAACAUUUUAUAAAUUUUAUAGGAAUGGGCCUUUAGGCAGUUACUAAAUUUGUUAGGGUCAUAGGGAAAGUAUUUUACAGUAUUUCAGGCCAUUUAAGUAAACUGAAUAAAUAUCUUGUUUUCUCAAAAUUUUCUUAAAAGGUUUACCAAUUUAAAAACAUGAUCAAAUAUGCCAUAAAAUUGGAAACAUUAAAAAAUGUAGAACAGAUGUUAAAAAAAGUUUGAUCAGGAAAGAUGUCAAGAUCAGUAAGUAUUUGAGAAGCUUUUAAAUUAGGAUCAGUAGGGUAAUCACCAUACUUAAUGUCUGGCAUACAGUGCUAUUUUUUCUCUCAUGUAUGCAACAAUGCAUUGUAUCAUGUAUGUUUUAUAGCUUGUCAUUAAUCAUGUCAUAAUCUCAUGUUAAAAAUCUCUGCACUUCUACGGGUUAAAAAUGUUUUCUUUUUUAAAAAAGCUAUGAACCAUAUUUAAAUGUUUCUGGAACUAUACAUUUUGUCCCUAAAAAUUCCACCAUAUUGAAAGAGAAAAUGUAUUAAGUAUAUUUUCUAUAGUAAGUAAUAUGAGGAAAACAUGAUCAGUUGUGCCAAAGAAGUUUUAUACAUUGUUUACAUUAAGAGGCUACAAUAUUUAUUGGAGACUUCAUGUGCUGUUUUUAUUAAUAAAACAUUACAUUCAAACUUAGUAGCUUUGACCUAUAGGAAGAAUGUUCCUCCUAAUGCAGUUUUUAUUGAGAGGAGGCAAGAAGUGCUGAACUUAUCACAUUCAUUCUUUGUAUCAGAAAUGUAGGAGUGUGGUGGUUCUCUGCAAUCUUUAGAACUUAAUUCUCAUCAUUUGGAAUUUAAGGUAACAGUAACAAGGCUAGUCUCAUUUGUAAGGCAGUUCAAACAACGUCAUUUCACGGACAAAGGAGGCCUGGAAGCCCUUAAAAUAAGUUAUCUUAGAUGUACCAAAACUUACUCAGAGCUUUAUUCUUUUAGCUUAAGGCUUUACUUGUAGAAAUGCAAAUAUUCUUGAAAUGGUACCUUUAAUAUCUUAAUUCUGUAUACCACAUUGUGAGUGAGGUAUCCAAAGCAGUUUUUACUCAGCACGGGAGAUAAAGCGAAGGUAUAUGGACAAUGGAAACCUUGGGAGGCGGUAAUGAGAAAUUGGUUGAGGGGAACUUCAAAACUUUUAGGCUAGCCUUAAGCACUAUUGCUGCUUUCCUAAGAACUAUCAGAAUGUUUAAAUGCUUUAUCAUUCGUGGUUAACUCUCAACUUGACAUUAUCCUUUACUAAUUUUAAAAAAUCACUUAAAAUUUUUCCAUACAUUUUUAUAACAGUUAUUUCAAGAUUCCAUAAUUGAUAAACUUUUUCAGAUUUAUCUAAUGUAUACAGUAAGUUGUGCAUCUUAACAUGCUGCUAAAUGCAGAUUUAAACAUGACAUCUGAGGAUCAUGACUUUUCCUCCUUUCUUGGAGCUCUUGGUAUAAAGUUAAUCUGCUAAUGUGAAUUCAGGUUUCCACAGUUCCUUUCACAGUAGUUACAGAGGUAGUUUGUUAAUGUGUGCAUGAGGAAACAACUUAUGUCUCAACCUUUAGUUUUAGGUGGUGUUUACUGUUCACUGACCCUCCCCAAAAUAGAAUGCUUAAUUACAUGCUAAUAUUUCCACGUGUAUUUUGUUGCCUUGAUGUAUACUUGUUGCACGUACAUUAAACAUUUUGUACCAUGAAUCUGUAGUCUUAUUUAAUCCUUGAC